AGUGGUAUCUCGUUGGCUUUGCUACAAAUGCAGAAUCAUUUGUCAAAAGUCACAAGGCUGAUAUGAAGAUGGGAACUGCCAUGCUGGUGCCUACCAAAGAUGGAGACCUUGAUCUCACUUACACUCAUCUAAAUGAUGGUUCCUGCUUCAGGAUGAAUAAUCUUGCCAAGAAAACUGACAUUCCUGGACGCUUUGUCUUCUACAACCAGCGUUGGGGAAAUGACAACGACAUGCGCGUGGUUGAUGCUGUAUUUGAUGAGUAUGCGAUCGUUCACACCAUCAAGACCAAGGAAGGGAAAUCUGAGGUUCUCAACAAACUCCACAGUCGUACCUCAAAAAUAACUGAGGACUUGAAGAAGAAGUUUAAGCAGUUCUCCCUGGACACUGGCAUCCUUGAGGAAAACAUUGCUAUACUGCCAAUGAACGGUGAAUGCUAAGUUGCUUAAAUGUCUCAUCAACCACAGAAAGACCUUCAGUUGGUCUGAUCAUUUCACAUGAAAAUAAAGACCUGUCUCAUUCUGGCCUCUUAGUAUGGAAACAUUAGUUCCUCAAUGUGCCUUAAACACAUUUACAUUCUCUUCACAUUAUGAUAAAUUAAUUUGCUACAGUGCUUCUGCAAAGAAAUCUCAAGCAGCACCUCAUGGUAAGAAUGCAGUGAUCAAUAUGUCGCACCUCUAAAUACGAACAGUGCUUUAAUUUUUUUCUUUGGUGGUUUCUGCUGUUGGAUUAAAUAGAUUUACAAAGGGCAAUAUGUUGAUGUGUUACAUUAAAAUUCUCCAUGUAUAUUUAAUUUCCACUUCAAUAAUAAUAAUAAUAAACCUUUUUGGAUGCAAAAUACUGUUAAUUACUUAUGUAUUUACCUCUGCAAAUAUAAGAAGACUAU